AUUGCAAAUGAAAUUCAUAAUAUUAUGAAAGCAACUUUACUUCCAAAUUAAAUUCCCUUUACACACUAUAAAACGAUCCAAUCUAGUCUAAACUCGAGCAAAACCGAUCCGAUUUGAUGCGGGCCAAUGCACAACCCUACUUGGGAGUUGGGACUAUUGGAAAAUGAGGGUCUGAGAUGCAAGUACAAAUGUACUAGAAUUUAGAUUAUGAACUCACUGCCUUUUUAAAAAUUUUAACUGCUCAAAUUUGGCGUGAUUCUAACGGUAACCUUUUCUCACAAGUCCCCUGUUUCAUCCCUCAACAACCAACUUCUCACUUCAUCUUCAACCCCAAUCAAUUCAACGGCUAUCAAAAAUCAAAAAGCAGAAAAAGAGACACCCUCAAAAAAUUUAAAAUUAAACCCCCAAAAAAGCAAAAAGAAUUCAUGGAAAAAGAAAUAAAAGAACCCGAAUUCAAAGAAAAAGAAGCAAUAGUAAUUCAAUACUUAGAUACUUCAAUGUCUAACAAUCUUCUUAGCAAAUACCCUGAUUAUUCCGGUUUUGGUUUCGACUACUCGCAAAGCUCGAUUUGGUCCCCAUUAGUCCCUCGUUUUACUUCUAUUUCGUGUUUGAACCCCAAGUCUCCUGAUUUGAAUAGAAGGCUUUCUUUUGAGAAAAUUUCAUUGUCAAGUAGUAUUAAGAAGAAGGUUUGUACUUUUGGGUUGAAUUUAAAUGCUAAAAUUCAGAAGAAUAAGAAGAAGAAGAAGAUGUUGAAGUGUAACAAUGAUUCUUCUGAGUUUCAGUCUCCUCCUUCCAAAAAGGGUUGGAAGAAGGUGUUGAAGAUGACCUCUAAACAGUUCAAGAGAAAGAAGGAUAAUCAUCAUCGUCAUCCCAUUUCUCGGGUCACCCUUUCUGAUUUUUUGCAGUCUCAGAAUUUCUAGGUUUUUUUGUUUUAGCGCCUCAGCGGUAUGAAUUACUAUUCGGUCAUACUUGUUAGUAUCAUUAUUUUGUAUCAAGUUCAAAUUCUUUAUGCAAAAAAAAAAAAAAAAAAAAAAAAAAGAACAUAUUGGGAGAUGCUUGGGAGUUCCGUAGUAGGAUUAUUGUCUCCCGGUUGACAGGUUUGUCAGUUCGAGUCCUGAAUGAUCUACGCAUCUCCCUUCAUUUCAAUUAUAAUGUAAUACGGAGUAUUGGUAUCAAUCCAAUUAAUGCUACGCUCAUUUAGUCA